GCUUCAUUCUUGGAUUCGCUCACUACUCCACAGUCGUCAUGGCGCACCCCUCUGAGACGCCGUACGUGCAGCCGUCUUCCGGCAUCGCCGAUGGCAUUGCGCGCAAGGUCAUGUUCUUCGGCAUCCUCGCCAUCUUCCUCCUCAUCAACGUCAUCGUCUUGUACGCGCUGCACUUUACGUCGGCCGGCGUCCCGGCCUCAGCCUCCAACGUCAAGGUCUCGAGCGACGCGUUCAAGGUCGGCUCCAUUGACAAGAAGGUCGUGAGCUUUGGCGACGACGGCUCGAUCGUCGUGGGCGCUGGCACCACGGGCUACCUCGACGCCGUCGCCAUGCCCAACGACGCGAUCAACUACAUUACGCUCGCGCCGAUCGGUGCCAACGCGUCGUCGACGGCGAUCCUCGCCUACUAUCUCAAGAACAAAACGACGACCGUCAUCACGACGCUCACGAUCAACGACGACAAGACGACGACGGUCAGCACGAAGCAAUCGACGGCCGCCAACGUCCAAGUGCGUGGCAUCGCGACGCUCUCCAACUCGCAGGCCGUCUUCCUCCAGUCGACGGCCAUGGGCAAGACGUCGCUCGUGCCCGGCUCGAUUGCGUCGGGUGCCGUCACAUACCACGAUACCAAGGCCGUCGAGAUUGCGUCCGGGUCCGUCUCCAACACGCUCGCCGCGCUCUCGCCGACGACGUUUGCGGCCACGACGUACCAGCCGUACUCGGAGAACAGCACGUACUUCCAGGAGAUCCAGGCCGGGUCCAUCUCGGCGGACGGCGUCAUCACGAUGGCCAAGCCGCUCGCGAUCGGGACGGGCAACUCGGCGCUGCAGUCGGUGACCAACUCGGGCCCGGAGCCGAUCGCGGCGCUGCCCAACUCGUUCAUUGUCACGUGGUUCGCGUCGAGCAAGGACCCGAACGCGACGACGGCCAAGUCGGGUCUCUGCGUGCUCUUCGCCAACAUCAACGGCACCGAAGUCAGCAAGAUCAAGGAGACGUGCAACACGCAGUACCAGCCCGAGUACUUUGUCGACUCGACGACGAUCUCGGACUCGGUCGUCGCGCUCAGCUUCUACGACGCCAACAACAACAACGCGCUCACGCUCGUCAUGGUCGAAAUCAACGCGUUCACGAAGAAGAUCUUCUUCCGCGGCGCCUACGUCCUCGCCGGCGUCGGCGGCGCGUUUGACUUUGGCUCGUACUUUGGCUUUUACCCGACGCCGUUCAUCCAGGCGCUCUCGCCGACGAAGCUCUCGGUGCUCUUCCUGAACCCGACCAACCGUGGCCGCCCCACGACGCAGAUCUUCCAGAUCACCGACGCGCUCACGCUCACGCCGAUCUCGCCGCUCCUCCGCCUCUCGAACGGCGACUUUACGCUCGCGGGCGCCUUGCCCAAGGCCACGUCCGGGGUCGUGGCGCUGGCGGCCCUCCCGCUCGGCGGCAACAGCUACCUCGCGGCCUACUCGGGCGACCUCGCGUCCAUCAACCACAAGCGCAUCUCGAUCGUCGAGUACAAGGGCAAGCCCAUCGGCGUCGGCUCGGGCUCGGACAACCUCGUCAUGAGCGGCGUCGUCGAUGUCGGCAGCAACUACGUGGCGGGCAAGGCCUACUACGCGACGACCAAGGGCGACAUCCUCGCGGCCACGAGCACGGACGCCGACGCCGACUACUUCUUCGUCGGCAACACGACGAUCGUCUCCAAGGAUGCGCGCGUCGGUGUCGCCGUCUCGUCGAGCAAGCUGUACCUCUCGAGCUCGAUCUAAUCGGACUAUGUAAUACCACCCGCAUCUCUGAACGGACAGAAGA